AUGGUGCAAACCCGACGUUACACAGACCCGUGUGUUCAGCCUCUGGUGGAGCCUCUGAUGGAGCCUCUGGUGGAGCCUCUGGUGGAGCCUCUGGUGGAGCCUCUGUUGGAGCCUCUGGUGGAGCCUCUGGUGGAGCCUCUGAGGGAGCCUCUGAUGGAGCCUCUGGUGGAGCCUCUGAGGGAGCCUCUGGUGGAGCCUCUGAUGGAGCCUCUGGUGGAGCCUCUGAGGGAGCCUCUGGUGGAGCCUCUGGUGGAGCCUCUGAGGGAGUCUCUGGUGGAGCCUCUGGUGGAGCCUCUGAGGGAGCCUCUGGUGGAGCCUCUGGUGGAGUCUCUGAUGGAGCCUCUGAUGGAGCCUCUGAUGGAGCCUCUGAGGGAGCCUCUGGUGGAGCCUCUGGUGGAGCCUCUGGUGGAGUCUCUGAUGGAGCCUCUGAUGGAGCCUCUGAUGGAGCCUCUGAGGGAGCCUCUGGUGGAGCCUCUGGUGGAGUCUCUGAUGGAGCCUCUGGUGGAGUCUCUGGUGGAGCCUCUGGUGGAGCCUCUGGUGGAGCCUCUGGUGGAGCCUCUGGUGGUGGAUGUGUGUGGGCGGGUCUAUCCCAGUGUGGGCAGGUUUAUCCCAGUGUGGGCGGGUCUAUCCCAGUGUGGGCAGGUCUAUCCCAGUGUGGGCGGGUCUAUCCCAGUGUGGGCGGGUCUGUCCCAGUGUGGGCGGGUCUGUCCCAGUGUGGGCGGGUCUAUCCCAGUGUGGGCGGGUCUAUCCCUGUGUGGGCGGGUCUAUCCCAGUGUGGGCGGGUCUGUCCCAGUGUGGGCAGGUCUAUCCCAGUGUGGGCGGGUCUAUCCCAGUGUGGGCGGGUCCAUCCCAGUGUGGGCGGGUCUGUCCCAGUGUGGGCGGGUCUAUCCCAGUGUGGGCAGGUCUAUCCCAGUGUGGGCGGGUCUAUCCCAGUGUGGGCGGGUCUGUCCCAGUGUGGGCAGGUCUAUCCCAGUGUGGGCGGGUCUAUCCCAGUGUGGGCGGGUCUGUCCCAGUGUGGGCGGGUCUGUCCCAGUGUGGGCGGGUCUGUCCCAGUGUGGGCGGGUCUAUCCCAGUGUGGGCGGGUCUGUCCCAGUGUGGGCGGGUCUGUCCCAGUGUGGGCAGGUCUAUCCCAGUGUGGGCGGGUCUAUCCCAGUGUGGGCGGGUCUGUCCCAGUGUGGGCGGGUCUGUCCCAGUGUGGGCGGGUCUAUCCCAGUGUGGGCGGGUCUGUCCCAGUGUGGGCGGGUCUGUCCCAGUGUGGGCAGGUCUAUCCCAGUGUGGGCAGGUCUAUCCCAGUGUGGGCGGGUCUAUCCCUGUGUGGGCGGCGUGCGGCAGGUCUCUAAAGUCCCUCUGUCUUCACUGUUGUUAAUGUGA